AUGGCCAUCUCCCCCUUCAUUUGGAUCAUCACAUCCACACCCAUUCUAGCCACAAUAAUAUUCUUACUCCAUCUAUUAACAACUUCCAAAAACAAAAACAAGAACAAGAACAGUCGUCUUCCACCUGGUCCGAAAUCUCUCCCGAUCAUCGGGCACCUCCACAUGCUCGGCAAGAACCCGCACCAAGACUUGCGAAAACUCGCGAAAACACACGGCGCGAUAAUGCACAUGCGAUUCGGCCUCGUCGACAACAUCGUCGUCUCCUCGCCACAAGCCGCCGAACUCUUCCUCAAAACCUACGACCUCGUCUUCGCCAGCCGCCCCCCGCAUCAAGCCGCAAAAUACCUCUCGUGGGAUCAGAGCAACCUCUCAUUCGGCCCGUACGGACCGUAUUGGCGCAACAUGCGCAAACUAUGCACCAUCGAGUUGCUCAGCACGUCAAAAAUCAACUCUUUUCAACCCAUGCGCCGCGAGGAGCUCAGCCUUACGAUCGAUUCACUUGCACAUCAUGCUAGCGAGAAUGCGCCCGUCGAUCUAACGGCUAUGAUUUCUUCGCUCGCCGUUGAGAUGAGCUGUCGGAUGGUGUUCGGGAAGAAGUACGAGGAUAAAGACAUCGACGCGGAGAGGGGGUUCAAGAAAGUCAUCCAAGAAGGAAUGAAAUUGGCCGCGGUUCCGAAUUUCGGAGACUAUUUCCCGUUUCUCGGGAUUUUGGAUCUUCAGGGGCUUACGAGGAAGAUGAAAUCGCUGUCGAAGGUGUUCGACGAUUUCUUCGAGAAAGUUAUCGACGAGCAUGUUAAGGCUGCAGAGAAUCACGACGACAACGAUGAUCGUAAUCAGACGAAGGAUAUCGUCGAUACGAUGAUGUCGAUUAUGGCGUCUGGUGGAACGGAGUUUCAGUUCGAUCGUCGCCAUGUUAAAUCCGUAUUGUUGGACAUGCUUGCAGCCUCGAUGGACACGGCGGCGGCGUCCAUCGAAUGGACAAUGUCGGAACUCAUAAAAAGUCCUUCGACAAUGGCGAAGCUCCAGCGGGAAUUGGAGGACGUCGUCGGGCUCGACAGGAUGGUCGAGGAGUCGGAUUUGGAAAACCUCGAAUACCUCGAAUUGGUCGUAAAAGAAUCCCUCCGGCUACACCCCGUCGCGCCACUAUUGAUCCCUCAUUACGCGAUGGAGGAUUGCACGGUUCGAGGCUACGAAAUACCGAAAGGGUCGCGGGUGAUUGUAAACGCUUACGCGAUCGGGCGCGAUCCUAAUGCGUGGGCUGAUCCCGAUGAGUUUUUUCCCGAGAGGUUCGUCGGGUCUGACGUGGAUGUUAGGGGGCAACAUUUUCAGCUUCUCCCGUUCGGCGCCGGGAGACGAGGCUGCCCGGGAAUGCAGCUCGGGCUCACUCAGGUCCGGCUAAUCGUGUCGCAAUUAGUCCAUUGUUUCGAUUGGCGAUUGCCGGAUGGUUUGGUGCCAAAAGAUUUGGACAUGACCGAGGAGUUCGGGCUGGUUGUCGCGCGGGCGAAUCCUUUGGUGGUUGUCCCAAGUUUGAGGCUGAAAUGUUAG